UCUUCCUUCGGUAAUGCAUGCACAUUGAACAAUCACGGAAACUCAGAAUUUAAGAGUAGCCGAUGGGCAUCUACAGCAGAUAAAACUAUUAAGUAUAUAGGGAGGGUUCUACAGCAGAUAAAACUACAUGUAAAUAGGGAGUCUUCUAUAGCUGGUUUGUCGAUUUCAACCAGACAAACUCAGGUAAUUUCUGAAAAUGGAAAUGGACGCAGGCUUGAACUUUAUUGAUCAUAUGGAGACAAAGGAGAGUUUACCGGACAGACCAAAGGUGCACUCUCCCGACAAAAAGAAGAUGUUUUUUGUGGAGGAAAUGAAAAAUGAUAUGAAUGGGAAUCCCAAUACGAUAAAGGAAGGGGAAGAUGGUGGCUUAGAGAAGGAUGCAAGUCAGGCCUUGCUGGAAGAACUUCGACUCUCGGAAAGCUCCAUCGGGAUGGAAAACAAAGUUCUGGUGACACACUCCCUGGAAGAUUCUGGCUUUGAGGAGAAGGAGAGCAGACCAGAAAUGAAGCAAAAUUUCUUGGAUGAUGGUGAAGAGUUAACUGUUGAAACUUCAGUAGGAAGUAAAAGUCACAAGAAAGACUAUCAUUCCUUGUUUGAAUUUACAAGUGCCUCAUCCAUGUUCUUGUCUACAGAAAAAGUUACAAAAGGUGGUGAAAGAUCAUCCGAGUUAAAGAAAGACGAACUGAUGACAGAUUCUAAUAUCAAAGAUGUUGCAUCUCCAAGGUCAUUGCAGUCUGAAAUGAUUAAGCAAAGUCUACGACCAAAUGAAUUUCGCUCGCCUGUCAAACAGGAUGUAUCCAAUGAAUCAAAUGUUUCCAUUGAGGAGGAUGAUGAGAAAGUUAUCAUUCAUUUGGACUCAAACCUAGACAAGUCCACUGAUGGUAGUUCUAAAGUCACCCCUUUGCAACCUGUCGAAGUAGAGCGAAAGUUCAAGGUCACAGCAGACACCAAGAUCAAGUUAGUGGAAAUCGGUGCUGAACUUCACAAGGAAAAAGUCUUCCUUGACAAGUACUAUGACAAUCCUGAUUAUUCCCUUACCUUGAAAGAUUGCUGGUUACGACAGAGGAAUGAAUCGUGGGAACUCAAAGUUGUAAAUGGACAAUUUACCAAAUUAGCUUCUCAGUACCAAGAAAUUACAGAGACUAAUGAAAUAGCAGACUUUUUAGUUAAUCAUUUCCAUCGACUUGACCUGAAGGGUUUAGCAGUGGACCUAGUCAUUAAAAAACUGGACCUACAGCCUUUUGUGGAGUAUACAACCACCAGACAGACUUACUUCCUCCCAGAAUGCAUCAUUGACCUAGAUCUCACUGACUUUGGGUAUCAGGUUGGAGAGAUUGAAGUAAUGGCAACAGACAAGUCCCAGAUCCCGAGAGCUUUGGAAACCAUCACCUCAGUGGCUGGAAAACUUGGUCUGAAGGAGGACGAGGCUUGUGCUGGGAAGGUUUCACACUACCUAUAUAGAAGGAGCCACCGUCUCUACCAAGUUUGGUGGACAGUGGCUCAGUGACGCCUGUUGUUAACUAACUGUUGUAGCGAUGUAGUUAGCUGUAUUCAAUACAUUGUAUUAACUUUGUGUAUUCCCUCAAAAUUGUUACAUGCCUCUAUAUAUUUGGUCAUUCCUGACAGAUUUGAAGUAUUUGGAUAAUUUCUGGCAUGUUUGGAGAAAAUAGGAUUUUUAGGUAACCUGAGUCACGAAGAUGAGCUUUUGCUAUCCACUUUUUCAACUUCUUUGAAAAUACUUUUCUUUGCUACUGGGCAUCUAACAGUCAAACUAAGUGCCUGGUAAGGACAAUAUUACAAAAUUGUCUUCCUGUAGAUUCUCUUAGAGGUUGUAUAUUGUACUCAUGUGACAGAGUAGUUUUUUGGCCGUCUUGUCAAUCUAACAAAAUUUAGAAGUUCCGUUCCCUAGUUUUUGAUACUUCCAUGCAACAUAUUGAAAACUGGGGAACAUAUGAAAGUUUUAAUUUUAAUUACCCGGUAAAUUGGCCCUCUUAUUCUCUUUCUUCUUUAGACCUCUGCAAGCAAAAAUUUGAAUGUGUUGAAAUUUUUUCGUUUUUUUUGUUGUUGUAAAAUUACCAUAAAUUCUGUACUGUUGCUUAGAAGAAUUUGGGAUGGAGGGUGGACAAUCUUGUGACAAUCUUAUUUUACUCUGUAGCUGGUGCCAAGACUAGCCUUUACAGUUCAAUUGUAUAUCUGCUUUAGGAUAUUACUAUACAUGUCCCCAAAUAUGCUUCUAUUAUAUCUUUUCAAAAAUCAAAACACUUUUUAUAAUGAAGAAGUUUAGUUUUAGUUUAUGAUUUAUUACAAUAGAAUACAUAUUCCUUUUUUGGGUAAAAAUUUCUGAAAGAAAAAAUGUACAUUAUUUUGCAAAGGAAUUUAUUUAUAGAGCUCUGUAUACUACAAGUGGUUGUUCAUACUCAUAUGAUUGCAAUAUUAAUUUUGUUAUAUUUUUUUAUACACUUGAUUCAUUUUUUUCUCCAUGUUUUGUAUUAUUUUUUCUUUUGUUUUGAGUUGUAUAUAAUUUUUCCUCUCAACUUUUUUAUUUAAGGAAUAAGGAGCCCUUCUUUGAGUAUUGGUGAUAAUACUGGUCGAGGUGUGAUCAAAUCCAAUAAACCCUGAAAGGCUUCAUAAUAGAUUUGAUCACACCCUGACCAAAAUUAUCACCUCACAAUAUUCAAGGAAUAAUUCCUUAUUACUUAUAUUUAUUUAAUUUUUUGCAAUUGAACAAUUAAAUAUUUGGAUAUAUUUAAAUUUGCAUCAUUUGCAAAUAUGCUUCUUUAAAUGAACCCAUAGAAUAGCAAAAACAUUAAGUUCUGUAUGAACGUUUCCGUUACGCCACAAUGAUAUCCACAC